AUGCUCCGCUUUGCUCUCCUUAUCGCCCUCGCCUGGGCCACAGCACCAGUAGCCGCCUUUGGAGCUGGCAACAUUGCCUCGAUCGCCAAGAUCGAGGGCAAGAACUGGCGCCAUGGUGACAUCGAAGACAUCCUUCUCAGCAUCGCCGCCGCACAUGCUUACAACGGAGGCAAGAAAUUCUCCAAGAUGAUGAUCAAGCAGACCUACUUUGGUAACUGGGCUCGCGAUUACUCUCAGGCCAUUGAUGUCGGCACCGUCAAGUCUGUUUCUGCCGAGGCCAUCCGACUCUUGCUCUGCGUUCUCGGUUUCAUGACCUUUGGCUACGGCUCCCGCGAAUUCGAGGUCACAGCCGACAGACUCGGCUGCUACCGCCCCGAGGAACACAUUGACAACCCCAAGAACUACGCUGACAAUGAAGAUGCACGUCAAUACGACAGGCGCCUCCGUGGCCCUGUGGAUGAGGAGCAGGAACUAUCAAUUGAUCCCGAAACGGGCAUGAAGAACUACAUUGCCAACGAGCGCGCGGGCAUCAUGACUUCGGCCAAGCUCAUCAGAAGGCUGUUUGGUAGAUGUAUCGAGCUGGGCAGGCGCUACAAGGAGAGUGAUGAUCCCAAGGAUCUACAUGAAUCCCUGCGUCUGCUCGGUACUGGUCUGCACUGUCUGGAGGACUUUUACGCGCACAGCAAUUACUGCGAGCUAGCUCUGAUUGAGAUGGGCGAGGAGGACAUCUUCCCCCACUGCGGCCGCGACACUCAGAUUGAAUUGGAGGGUGCCAAACGACCUGUCUACCCAAUUGUCACUGGUACAUUUGGUGGUGUCGACUUCCUUCACAGUGUUACCGGAGAGGUCUCUGACAAGUUGACGCAAAAUGAGAUCGACGAGCUCGAGGGCACUCUGCAGGAGAGCAGCACUGCCGACACGAGCAUGUUGCGUGAUCUUCUGGACAAGAUCCCCGACGGCUUCUUUGGCGACAAGCACGAGAGUGACAAGGUCGAGGAGAUCCAGUCAAAUGCCAACAAUGCCCAGAUGCAGAACAUGUCCGUCUCGCCCAGGGAGCCUGAGGAGUUCACAGAGUACGUCCAGCAGACCUACAACCAGGUCAUGCCCGCCAUCGAGUUUCACGACGAAGUCAUGAAGUCCAUCACGUCCGCCAUUGAGAAGAUCCCUGUGCUGCCCAAGAUUGUCGAGCAGCUGGAGGAGGAGCUGUCACGCUUCGUCUUCUCUGUCAUUGCCCCCUUUGUCGUGCCCCUCAUCCAGAACAUCAAGAGCGAGCUGACGACCGGUUCGGAUGCUAUCAUUCAGUCUUCAGAGAGGGAGCAGCACAUUGUUUUCCACGACGACAACUCCACUGACCCUACGCACUCCAUGCUGUCCAAGGAUCACUUCUCCAACAUUCUCAACGAGGUGGCUGGUCAGUGUGCCGCCAAGAUGGUCCACUGGGCCACUCCCCAGCUUAUGGAGGCUAUCGACGACGAGAACACUGACGUUGACCGCGUCCUCGACCGCAUCAUCCACGGCAUCAUGCAUCACCCUGCCCAGCGUGACAUGGGUGAGGAUGGCGCUCACGAGGGUCGCCGUCGCAUCUACCAGUCCGUGAAGGAGUGGUGGCGCGAGAUGGGUGACGAUCAGCGCGAGGAUUACCGUCGCAAGCUGUCUCGCGAUGGCGUGGAGAACGCCGAGAACCACAAGGAGGGUGUCUACGACACCGGACACGGCCACGGCUGUGGUGGGAAGCUCAAGAUGCAAAAGCUCUACGGCGGUCCCGAGACCACCGAGGAUAAGAUUGCCAGUGCUGCUGCCGGUGUCAUCAUCGAGGGCGUCUCAAAUGCCUUCAACAACGGUGGUGCUAGCGGCGGCGAUCGCAAGGAGGAAGGCUUGGGCGGGCUGAUUGGUGCUGCUGGGUCCUUGCUAGGCCUCGGCGGUGGUGACGACAGGGGCAGCUCGCGCCGUCGCGGCGACGACGAUGACGACGACGAUAACCGUCCCUCCGAGUCUCGCCGUCAGGAAGAAUAUAGAUCUCACGGCAGUGCGUAUGAUCAGGGGAGCUCUUAUGGAGGAGGCAACGGCUCCCAUGGAGGCUCCUACGGCGGCGGCCACGCUGCUGAGUAUGCCAGUGGUGGCGGCUAUGGUCGCGAGGCGUCGUCAGGCUACGGUCGCGAGGAGUCGUCAGGCUACGGUCGCGAGGAGACGUCAGGCUACGGUCGCGAGGAAUCGUCUGGGUACGGCCGCGAAGAACCCAGCUAUGGCCGCCAAGAGACCCCAGGUUACGGUCGUCAAGAAUCCAGCUACGGGAGUGGCGGCGGCUACGGCGGCGGAGGUCAUGCUGCUGAGUAUGCCAGCGGUGGUGGCUAUGGCUCCUCCGAGCGCCAGGAGGGCGGCUACGGCGGCGGCGGCGGCUAUGGAGACAGCUCGUACGGACGUCAAGAGUCAAGCUACGGCCGGCCUCAAGAGUCCAGCUACGGCGGCGGCUACGAUGAAGGCGCCGAAGGCUACGGCGGCAGUCGUCGCGAGGAGGGUGGUUAUCACCAUGAGCACCACCGCCGCAGGUCCGGUGACUCUGAUCGCGAGCGUGAUCUCGCCUACGGGAGCGGUGGCUACAACCGUGAAGGUGAAGGUGGCUUCAGCCGUGGUGAAUACAGCGGCGGUGGUGGUGGUGGCUAUGGCGGGGGCUACCGGGAAGGAGGUGGCUAUGGCUACUAA